AUGGUCCUCCGCCACCUCGACCUCGCCAUUCGCCCUGCCUUGCGCGCCGCCUCGACGACCGCGUCCCGCCCGCGCCUGCCGCCCUUCGAAGGAAUCGCCUUCGCCGCGCCUCCCUCGCCAUCAGUCGCAGGCCAGCUCGCGCAGGUCUACCUCCCCGACAUGCACCGCAUCGAGCACGCUGAGCCCGCCCCCGUCCUCAUCCCCGCUCUCCCAGACACGUACACGUCGCCCGCACAGUCGAGGAGCAAGUACCCGCAGCUCCAGCCGAGGACCGUCACCUUCCAGACCGUCGCGAGCGAGUCGACCCACCUCGGCGGCGGACCCAGCAGCACGGCCACCGCCGCCCAGUAG